GGCUGCCGAGUUUCCUCUUCGUCUUUUAUAUGUGUUGUUUUUUUUUUUGUUUUUUUUUUCUUCGUCAUGGGAUUAAAAGAAGCUCGUAUCCUGUUCAGGGAAUGAAAGACUGAAGUGGAGUUUAAAUGAGUUUCUCCUGUUAGGACAGCUGACCGACUUCUAUACCUGAGGAGGGAAAGAUGAGAAGUUCGCUCCUGGUCACCUUGUGUUUCUCGGCGUGUUUGCUCUCGGUUGACGGCCGGCAUCCGACCUGUAACUUUAUGUUGGAGGUGGAGAGAGACCGGGCGGAGUGUCUGAAGCAGCUGAGGGAGGAGGAGACUGAAGGCAGCCAUAAAGAGCCGGGUUGCAGGGGAACAUGGGACGACAUAGCGUGUUGGGAGCGAGCUGAGAUCGGAGAGACCGUCACCAUCCCCUGUCCUCGAGUCCUCAAGACUUUAUUCGGCAGAAAUGGUAACAUUAGCAGGAAGUGCACGUCAGCUGGAUGGUCGGAGGUUUUCCCGAACAUCAGCAGUGUGUGUGAGUCGGACACGAGCCAGGACAAGCUGGUCUUCUACAUGGUCGUGCAGACGUUGUACACUCUGGGCCACAGUCUGUCUCUGAUCGCCCUCACCACAGGGAGCGCCAUCCUCUGUAUGUUCCGGAAGCUCCACUGCACCAGGAACUACAUCCACCUCAACCUCUUCUUCUCCUUCAUCCUGAGAGCUGUGGCCGUGCUGGUGAAAGACGACAUCCUCUUCAACCGAACCUCUCAGUGCUCCAACCAGCCGUCUCUGGUGGGAUGUAAAGCCAGCUUGGUGUUUUUCCAGUACUUCAUCAUGGCCAACUUCUUCUGGCUGCUGGUGGAGGGUCUGUACCUCCACACUCUGCUCGUCGUCAUCUUCUCUGAGAACAGACAUUUCAUCGUCUACAUGUUCAUCGGCUGGGGAAUCCCCACUGUGUUCGUGUUUGCGUGGGUGAUGACGAGGAUUUAUCUGGAGGACACGGGAUGCUGGGAGAGAAAUGACAACCCCAUACCCAACUGGGUGAUCAACGGACCAAUCGGAUUUUCCAUUAUGGUGAACUUCAUCUUUUUCAUCAGCAUCAUUCGGAUCUUGGUUCAGAAGCUGAGGUGUCCCGAUGUGGGCGGCAACGACCAAUCACAAUACAGGAGGUUGGCCAAAUCCACUCUCCUGCUGAUCCCUCUGUUUGGGAUCCACUACGUGGUCUUCGUUUCUCUCAGUGAGUCCAUCGCAGAAGAUUAUAAAAUAUUUUUUGACCUGGCCCUCGGAUCCUUUCAGGGUCUGGUGGUGGCCAUUCUGUACUGUUUCCUAAACAGUGAGGUUCAAGGCGAGCUGAAGAGAAAGUGGCGGAGCAUGUGUCUGAACUGCCGUCUGAGCAGAGAUCACCACUUCAACAGCACCUUCGCGUCCAGGAACGGUUCAGAGCACACGGUGCAGUUUCACCGCAACUCCCGAACCCAGUCCAUCCUGCAGUCAGAGACCACAGUGCUGUGAGGACCAGGGGGGUUCUAACACGUACAGUCUCCAUGUUGGCCGGGGGUUAAAUAGUUUUACAAAAUGAUUUUAACACUGUAACCUGAGGUGAAAUACCACACGAGUGGAAACGUUUCAGAGCAGAUUUUGGUUUUAGCUUUACAAAUCUCAAAAUGUCCCCUUGAUUGGACCUAAAGUGGAUCUGAUCCAUCCCAUAAGGGUGUGCUAGUGUUUGCUGCCAACAAAGAGCCAUUUGUACGCAUGGUUUUAGUGUCAUGUCAUCUGAGUGAGCCAAGAAAGACCAGGGCGUGUAGGCAGUCGUCGCAGCAUCCACAGCUUCACGUUUAAUCUGCUUCUCCUGGUGCACAUGACGGAGGUAUGAAAUGUGCAUACUUGGGCUUGUAUGUGUUAUACGUAUAAAUUCAGUAUUUAUUGAAAAAAAAAUUAAAAAUGUGUAAGAGAAACGGUGCCAUUCUUCUCUUCAGGGUCGGCAGAGCUGUCUGCUUUAGAUUGGACUCAAACUGCAAAAAACAGGACGCUUUGUCCUUACUGUCCUUACUGUCCUUACUGUCCUUACUCUUCCUCUUACACCAUUACUGUGUCUAGUAUACAAAUGUAUGUAUGUUUUGUGAAAAGGGUGUUUAAAAUCAACAGUAUUUCUUGCAAGUGGCCUGGAAUGGGAAAUAUCAGGCCACCAAAAUAAGAUAAAACAACUCUUUACUGAGAACAAGAAAAUCUUGCUAUACUGUUGUUUAGGUUAAAUGGUUUGCAUAACUGCUCUGGAGCUGCCACAUUGGCCUACCAUUUAAAUAAUGUGUAAGCCAUGUACAUAAUGAAACAAGACACUGUCCUCCCAAGAAAAACAACAGUAUGAGUCUUUCAGAAAGUCCAGACAGAGGAGGUCAGGGUGGAGAGGUGGAACAGCAAAAUAUCUGACUGUCGACCAUGACCACAGUCAUUUCCUGACUCUAACCAAGUAGUUUUCCUGGCUAACCUUAACCAAAUCGUUGAGUCGUACUUUUCAAACAGUGACAUAUAACGGAUUCGUAGUAGUGUUGCCAGAAAGCGCUUCCUUGUUGUCGACUUGCUGAGGCAAAAAUGUCAGGUGGACAACUUGUACUUUUAAUGACUGUUUCUUCACCAACAAGGUUUGACUCAGCCAAGCAGCAGAAGCAGCAGCUGCUUGUGUCGGGUAACCUGGGUUAAUGGUCUUCAGACACACGUCAUCUGAAGUUUCAAAGUUUUCGUUACGUAUCAAUAGCAGCAACUUUUUUUUUUCUUCAAAUAAGCAGGAAAAGGUUGUCUCUUUUGUGACAGUAUGGUCCACAGUGGCCACACCCACCCAUCUGAUACUUGAAGUUAAAGUCACUGCUAAGAAUGAUUCACAAAUGCAUUUUAACCCAGGACAGAACACGAGCCCUGGAUAUUUAGGAUUAUGGUAAAAACACUGGUAAAUACAUUGUUGUGUAUUGAUUUUGUACCGAUUCACGAUCCAAACUGUCGUGACGGACUGUAUCAUUCUUAAUGUACAUUAAAAUGCUGUGCAUGCUACAGACCCUUUAUCUGUGCCAUGAUAGUUUUCACACUGUGCUCGCUGAUCUGUCCUAACGAGAAAACGCAGGUGCUCAGACUGAAGAUGUCAUUUAACUGA